GAAAAGAGCAACGUGUGUAAAAAAGUGGUCUUUGUGAUUUGAUUAUUGAAGAAAGCAUUUUUAUAAAGUUUAUUUGUUAAAGUUUUGCAACAUUAUUUGCGUCAGCAAUUCUAGCAAGUGAUUUGCUAUUUGUUUUAUAUGCUUAGGUGUGAACAGCAGUAGAUUUCUGGUCUUACCCCCGAAUUGUUUCACAAAGGACUAAGCUAGAUCUUACGAGAAAAUGGCCGAAGUUGAGAAAGAAGCACCAGAGAAAACUAUUGCUGAAGAUUUGGUGGUGACCAAAUACAAAUUGGCCGGUGAAAUUGCCAACAAAACAUUGAAAGCUAUAAUUGAUCUCUGUGUGGCCGAUGCAUCCGUGCGGGAUAUCUGUAAUAAGGGUGACAGUCUCAUCGUGGAGGAAACCAACAAAGUAUAUAAGAAAGAAAAGGACUUGAAGAAAGGUAUUGCAUUCCCAACUUGUUUGUCGGUUAACAACUGCGUAUGCCAUUUCUCACCAUCAAAGAAUGAUCCUGACUACACUCUAAAGGAAGGGGAUGUUGUGAAAAUAGAUCUUGGUGCACAUAUAGAUGGUUUUAUUGCUGUCGCUGCACAUACUGUUGUUAUUGGAUCCUCUACCGAGAAAAAAGUGACUGGGCGGCAAGCCGAUGUCGUUUUAGCUGCGUACUGGGCUGUACAGGCUGCAUUGCGGUUAUUAAAAGCGGGAAACAGCAAUUACACGAUUACUGACGCCGUGCAACAAAUUAGCGAAUCAUUCAAAUGUAAACCUAUUGAGGGGAUGCUUAGUCAUGAAUUGAAACAAUUUAAAAUUGAUGGCGAAAAAACUAUAAUUCAAAACCCGAAUGAAAAUCAACGCAAAGAACACGAGAAAUGCACAUUCGAGACACAUGAAGUUUAUGCUAUCGACGUUAUAGUGAGCACUGGUGAAGGCAUUGGUCGUGAAAAGGAUACAAAAGUCUCCAUAUACAAAAAAACUGAUGAAAAUUAUAUGUUGAAAUUAAAGGCAUCGCGUGCCCUUUUGCAGGAGGUUAAAACAAAAUAUGGUAAUAUGCCAUUUAAUAUCAGGCACUUCGAUGAAGAAACAAAGGCACGUAUGGGGGUUGUUGAAUGUGUUUCCCACAAGAUGAUUGAGCCUUUCCAAGUUCUCUACGAGAAACCAACUGAAUAUGUGGCGCAGUUUAAGCACACUGUACUGCUCAUGCCCAACGGAGUCAAUUUGGUUACCGGUAUUCCUUUCGCGGAGGAUUACUUUACUAGUGAGCAUAGCAUAGCCCAGCCAGAAUUGAAAGAACUUGUCGCAACACCUUUACAGCCAAGCAAGAAGGGUAAGGGUGGUGCUAAGAAGAAGGGAGGUACCACUUCAGCUGGCUCGGACGCUGCUGCCUCUGCAUCAAAGGUGGAAUCCACACCGGCAGUGGAGACCAAGGCCUGAAAUGUGGUUGCCGUUACUGCCUUUUAAAAAAGCUAAUACAGAUGAUACCAGCAACAGAAAAAACAACAUAUUAGGAGCAAUAAGCUGUUUAACUUAAAUGGAGUAAUAGUAACAAAACACAGCCAUUUUCCUUCCUCUUCUGGAUGUACAUACAUUAUUAUGUAUGCAUUGGCUAAGGAGGGAUUUUAAGAAAUAUUGUGCGUAUGGACAAGUUAAUAUCAUCGAUCAGUCUCUGCUAAAUUUUUUCUAUUUUAAAUGAAAAUAAUAUAAAAAAUAAAUAUAAAACAAAUGAUCUUACCUACAUUUGUAUGUGCGGAGAACCCUUUGAGCAAUGAAAGCCGUAAA